AGAAAAUGAUGACUUUGACGUUCUAGACUGGUGGAAGUCAAAAGAAAGAACGUUCCCGAUUUUAGCACGGAUGGCUAAGCAAGUACUAUCAAUGCCGGUUUCAACAGUUGCUGUGGAACAAGAAUUUAGUUCGGUCGGCAACGUCCUAACGGCAUCUAGAUCGAGAUUGAGCGCGGAGUCUCUUGAGACGCUUAUAUGCUACCACGAUUGGUUGAAGGCCGCACGUAGAACCCAAGAAUUGAGCAUCACCCCCUCCCAAGAUUUUGUUAGAGAUAUUUUUAUUGUAAUUGUGAUCAAUGUUACUUUGCUAGUUUAUGGUUAGCUAGAAUAAUGAAUAGGCC